AUGGCAGCCCACGAUUCCCAGGCCCUGCAGAGCCAGCCAGAAACCGCCCACCACCGCCGUGAGCCGGGUCUGGAUGAGAAGCAGGAAAAACACGCGGAUGCGUCCAAAAACACGAGCGACGACCUCUCCAAGGCACCCGAUGGCGGCCUCGAGGCCUGGCUAGUGGCGGCAGGCGGCUUCUGCAUCUUCUUUUGCUGCCUCGGCUUCUCCAACUCGUUCGGCGUGCUGGCCGACUACUACCUCCAGCACCAGCUUCGCGGCGUCUCGCCCUCCAAAAUUGCCUGGAUCGGCUCGCUGGCCAUCUUUUUGCAAUUCUUCUCGGGCAUGAUUGGAGGGCCGUUGUUUGACCGGUAUGGCGCCAAGGCAAGUCCCCUCUUCUCCGGGCUGGCCGUGUUAAUGGAGAUUCUAAUCGCUUGCGCUGCAGGUUAUCCGGCCGGCCGCCGCUCUCUACGUCGUCUCGAUGAUGCUGCUCAGUCUUUGCAAGGAGCCGUGUUGCAGGGCACUCUCAUGGGCUUCUUGCAAUUCCCCUCCAUGGCCGCUGUCUCGCAAUACUUUGAUGUGAACCGUGCAGCAGCCAUUGGCGUCGCCGUUUCCGGCUCUUCAAUCGGCGGCAUCAUCAUGCCCAUGGCCUUGUCCAAGAUGCUCAAUGGCACCAAUCUCGGCUUCGGAUGGAGCAUUCGUGUUAUUGGCUUUCUCAUCCUCCCCUUUUUGGCGUUUCCUAUGUUCGCCAUCAAGGCCCGUCUUCCACCACGCUCUCGGUCUUUCUGGCUUUCGGCAGCCUUCAGAGACGCCAGGCUGAUUGUCUUGACUAUUUCCAUGUUUUUUGUAUUCAUGGGAAUGUUCCUUCCUCUCUUCUUCAUCCCCACCUACGCCACGAUGCGAGGCAUGGAGCCGACGCUAGCUGGUUACUUGUCUGCAAUCCUCAAUGCUUCUUCUACCUUUGGGCGCAUCAUCCCAGGCAUUUUGGCGGACAAGGUCGGUAAGCUCAACGUGUACUCGACCGGAGCACUAGCCACUGCUAUCGUCAUCUUCUGCAUGAGUGAAGCCACAACGAAUGCGGCUCUCAUCGUGUACUCGAUCGUCUUUGGCUUUACUUCUGGCACCAUCAUAUCUGGUGCCUCAGUUGCCUUCACUGUAUGCUGUCCAGAUGUCAGGGAUGUAGGCACCUACGCCGGGAUGGGGAUGGCCUUAGGUGCUCUUGGAGGGCUUAUGGGCCCGCCUCUGGACGGCGUCAUGAUUGAGCAUUACAAAGGCGACUUCUUCCAGGUAGCCAUGUUCAGUGGCAGUGUGUGCCUGUUUGGUGCUUUCAUUGCAUUUGCGAACAAGUGGUUUACGCCGCAGGGUCUGUGGGGAAAAUCGUGA